UGGAAAUGCUCUUAGGGUUUAUCGGCCGAAAGCUCAAAACCUUGGAGCUCAAGCCCAUCAACUUCGUCCCAAUUUUGAAUUUUUUUUUACUGACUCGAAAUUAACCAAUAUUCAAAUUUGGAGUUGCAGAGGCGGGUUCUUCAUCUUCGGGGCUGCAAUUUAGGAUGUUGAAUUCAUAUAGUGUGAAAAUGCUGAGUGAUUAGGUGGACGGAUGGUGGAGGGAGGCUGUGGUGGGUUUGACUGUGGUGGAGGCUAUGGCGUUGGCGUCGGAGUGGGUCUCACAGAAGAAGGCAAAGAGAGAAAGGAAGGGACAAUGGAGUGUUCGAUUUUUGGGUUAGCAUUUGAGAAAGGAAGAGAAAGUAUGAUUAUGUUCCGAGGAAUUCAAAACUCCGGAAUCGGAAAGUUCCGAAUUUUUUGGGAAUUUUCCGGAAUCGGAAUUAGAAGUGUUUAUUGAAUUCCGAAGGGUUUUGGAUGGAAAUUGUAAUGGCUAUUUCCGAUCCGAUCCGGCAGAAUUACAGGCCUAAGACUGAGGUUAUUGGAACAUGACACUAAUGAUUUGCUAGACAUGAGCUCCCUAAGAUGCAUUGCAAAGCAUCCAACCAUUUCACUCGUAGACUCAUGCACUACCCUCAAAGAACUCAAGCAAAUCCACUCUCAACUGCUUGGCAACGGUCUUCUCAACGACCCUCACCUUUCUGGCCAAUUUGUUGCCACCAUAGCCAUCAGAAACCCCAACAAUUUGGGUUAUUCCAAUAAAGUCCUGGACCAAUGUGAGAAUCCUACCCUGUUCACCUUCAACUCCAUGAUCAGAGCCUAUUCUAAAAGCUCCACGCCAUCUAAAAGCUUUUACUUUUAUAGCAGAAUUCUCCAAUCGAGGGACCAUUUUUUACCUGAUAACUACACCUUCAACUUCUUGGUUCGCACUUGUGCACAGCUUUUGGCACGUGAGACUGGUGCUUCGGUCCAUGGUGCAUUGACUAAAUGUGGGUUUGAGAAUGAUCCACAUGUUCAAAGCGGGUUAAUUUUCAUGUAUGCUGAAUUGGAUUGCUUACAUUCAUGUCAUAGAGUGUUUGGAGAAAUUGUGGAGCCUGAUUUGGUAUGCCAGACUGCUAUGGUAAGCGCCUGUGCUAGGUGUGGUGAUGUUGGUUUUGCAAGGGAGCUGUUCAAUGAAAUGCCUCAAAGGGACCCUAUUGCUUGGAAUGCGAUGAUUGCAGGGUAUGCGCAAUGUGGGAAGUCUAGGGAAGCCUUGAAUUUGUUUCAUUUGAUGCAAAUGGAGGGUGUGAGGGUCAAUGAAGUGUCUAUGGUUUCGGUUUUAUCCGCAUGUUCCAAUUUGGGGGCAUUGGAUCAAGGGAGAUGGGCUCAUGCAUAUAUAGAGCGAAACAAGCUACGGAUGACAGUGACGUUGGGGACUGCACUUAUUGACAUGUAUGCGAAAUGUGGGAACAUGAAUAAGGCCAUGGAAGUGUUUUGGGGGAUGAAAGAAAAGAAUGUGUAUACUUGGAGUAGUGCACUGGGGGGGCUAGCUAUGAAUGGAUUUGGUGAGAAAUGUCUUGAGCUUUUCUCCCUUAUGAACAAAGAAGGGGUUCAUCCAAACGAAGUUACGUUUGUUUCAGUUCUAAGGGGCUGCACUGUUGUUGGACUAGUUGAGGAAGGUCGUCAACAUUUCAACUCAAUGAUGAAAUUGUAUGGGAUUGAACCUCAGCUAGAGCACUACGGGUGCAUUGUUGAUUUAUAUGGCCGAGCUGGGUGUUUAGAUGAAGCGCUGAACUUCAUAAACAGCAUGCCAAUGAUGCCUCAUGCAGGUGCUUGGGGGGCUUUGCUUAACGCUAGUAGAAUGUACAAGAAUAUGGAAAUAGGUGAGCUUGCCUCGAGAAAGAUAGUCGAACUAGAGGCCAAGAAUCAUGGUGCUUAUGUGCUUUUGUCCAAUAUAUAUGCUGAUUCCAAGCUAUGGGAUGGAGUUAGUAAUGUGCGGCAGACAAUGAAGGCUAAAGGUGUGAGGAAGCUUCCUGGUUGUAGUGUCUUAGAGGUUGAUGGUGAAGUUCAUGAGUUCUUAGUAGGAGACAAGUCACAUCCUAGGUAUAAUGAAAUUGAGACUAUGUUGGGAGAAAUCUGUAGGCGGCUGAAAUUAGCAGGUUAUGUGGCUAACACCAAUCCUGUGUUGUAUGAUAUAGAAGAAGAAGAGAAAGAGGAUGCAUUGUGUAAACACAGCGAGAAGGUUGCGAUGGCUUUCGAUUAUAGUUUAAAAGGAGUGCCGAUUAGGAUUGUGAAGAACCUCAGGGUCUGUUGGGAUUGCCAUGAUGUCACCAAAAUGAUAUCUAAACUUUUUAACAGAGAGAUUAUUGUAAGAGACAGGAACAGGUUUCACCAUUUUCAGGAUGGGGAGUGCUCUUGCAAAGGGUAUUGGUGAAGUAAAAUGCUCAUCAAUUCAUGGGUCUGCUCACAGUUCAAGUCCUGAUUGUUGUCUCUUAAACUUGGACAGCUAGAAAGAAGAAGAAACAGAAAGCUGCUUAUUUAUUCUUUGUUCUCUGAUAUCAUUUGCAAUUUGUAUUUGUUGUAUAUUUCUUUAAAAAUGAUCAAUAAAGCCCUACUUUCACUGUCUUUUUCUUU